AUAGACAGUUAGGGUCCAUCGUGAAAAUGGCUUUACUCGCGAGAAACAUCUGCAAGGUAUUUUCGCAGACUGCUCAAAAAGGAGCUGUUAGGGCUAUACAUGUAGGAACAGUACGUCUGCAAGAAACUGUAGUUGAGCAAGAAGGAAAGAUAAAAUGUACUCUUAUACCAGGAGAUGGUGUAGGACCAGAAUUAGUUGUUUCUGUUCAAAAUGUUUUCAAAGCUGCAAAUGUACCAGUUGAAUUUGAACCUUAUUUUUUGUCAGAGGUAAAUCCAACUCUAAGUGCACCUCUUGAGCAAGUAUCCAAUAGUAUUGCCAGGAACAGAGUAUGCUUAAAGGGUAUUUUAGCAACACCAGAUCAUUCCCAUACCGGGGAGCUACAAACACUAAACAUGAAAUUGCGUAAAAGUUUAGACUUGUAUUCAAAUGUUGUCCAUGUCAAGUCUUUACCUGGUGUUAAGUGUCGGCAUAAAAAUGUGGAUUGCAUUAUCAUUAGAGAACAAACAGAGGGAGAAUAUUCUGCAUUAGAGCAUGAAUCUGUGAAGGGUGUGGUGGAAUGUUUAAAAAUAGUAACUGCCACUAAAAGUCAAAGGAUUGCAAAGUUUGCAUUUGAUUAUGCAGUAAAACAUAAUCGUAAGAAAGUUACUUGUGUUCACAAAGCCAACAUCAUGAAACUUGGUGAUGGUCUCUUUUUAAAGUCAUGCCAAGAAAUUGCUAAAAUGUAUCCUAGAAUUACAUUUGAAACAAUGAUUGUGGAUAAUUGUACAAUGCAAAUGGUGUCUAAUCCACACCAGUUUGAUGUAAUGGUACUGCCAAAUUUAUAUGGUAAUAUUGUAGACAAUCUUGCAUCAGGACUGGUUGGUGGUGCUGGUGUGGUUGCAGGUGCUAGUUACAGUCCUGAAUGUGUUGUCUUUGAACCGGGUGCAAGGCACACAUAUUCAGAAGCUGUGGGUAAAAAUGUUGCAAAUCCUACUGCCAUGCUUCUGUGUGCUGUAAAACUUUUGCGUCACGUGAAUUUAAAACGUUACGCUGAACAAAUUAAGGAUGCAUUAAAUCGUGUCUUAAAUGAUGGGAAAACAUUAACAAAAGAUUUAGGUGGACAGAGUUCCACAACAGAGUUUACAACUGCUGUAAUAAACUCUCUUCGUUAAACUCGGGUCUCCGUUAAUUUUAAAGAGACUUAUGUAACAUAGAAUCACAUAGAACAA